GGGUCUGAGUGGUACAUGUCAUGUCCUGAGUAACUACCAUGAUGUAAUAUAGAGACAGACAGGGGGCUGAGUGGUACAUGUCCUGUCCUGAGUAACUACCAUGAUGUAAUAUAGAGACAGACAGGGGGCUGAGUGGUACAUGUCCUGAGUAACUACCAUGAUGUAAUAUAGAGACAGACAGGGGGCUGAGUGGUACAUGUCCUGUCUUGAGUAACUACCAUGAUGCAGUAUAGAGACAGACAGGGGGCUGAGUGGUACAUGUCCUGUCCUGAGUAACUACCAUGAUGUAAUAUAGAGACAGACAGGGGGCUGAGUGGUACAUGUCCGGUCCUGAGUAACUACCAUGAUGUAAUAUAGAGACAGACAGGGGGCUGAGUGGUACAUGUCCUGUCCUGAGUAACUACCAUGAUGUAAUAUAGAGACAGACAGGGGGCUGAGUGGUACAUGUCCCGAGUAACUACCAUGAUGUAAUAUAGAGACAGACAGGGGGCUGAGUGGUACAUGUCCUGAGUAACUACCAUGAUGUAAUACAGAGACAGACAGGGGGCUGAGUGGUACAUGUCCUGAGUAACUACCAUGAUGUAUAUAAAGUUCUGUCCAACCAGUAGCCAGGCCCCAGCCCAACAUCCCCCCCCACCUCUCUGUGUUCCUGGUCCUCCACAGAUCACAUUCCAGGUGAAGCGUGUGAGGAAGCCCAAGGCAGACAGCCCUGAGGUCUGGGGCAGUGCUGAGGACACCCUGCAGGGGGAGACACUGCUCCCUGGAGGCCACUCUGUUCUGGAGAUCAGCGGCCCCACCAUCCCUUCCCCCGGGCCUUCAGGGCGAUGGAGGGACUAUACCGGUCUGGGCUGGCCGGGGCCAGAGGAGUGCCAGAGAACACGCAGGGUAGACCUCACCACCGUGGCCAGUACCUGGCUGGCCGUGUCUGCCAAGAACAUUGACAUCACGGAACACAUAGACUUUACCACUCCACUCCAGGAGCCUGCGGUGGAGCCAUUGUGCAACGCCAACCUGGCUGCCAGCAUGCACACCCUGGACCACCUGGCUGGCGUGGCCAACCGCGCCGCCAUCCACUACACCGGAGAGAGUCAACUCAGAGAGGUUCUACAGAAUCUGGGCAAAGAUAAGUUCUCCCCUCAGUCCUUUGAGCAGGUGGGCACGCGCAUCGCCAAGGUCUUGGAGAAGAACCAGACAUCGUGGGUCUUGUCCAGCAUGUCUGCUCUCUACUGGAGGGUGAAGGGUCAGGGCAAGAGGGCCAUCGACUGCCUACGCCAAGCCCUCCACUACGCCCCGCACCACAUGAAGGAUGUACCUCUGAUCAGCCUGGCCAACAUCUUCCAGAACGCGCGGCUGUGGGAGGACGCUCUGACCGUGGCCCGCAUGGCUGUGGAGAUCGCCCCGCACUUCGUUGUCAACCACUUCACCCUCGCCAACGUCUACAUCGCCAUGGAGGAGUUUGAGAAGGCCAUGCGCUGGUAUGAGUCCACUCUGGAGCUGCAGCCAGAGUUUGCCCCUGCCAAGGACCGCCUGAGAACCAUCCAGUGUUACCUGCUAACCAAGAAGGACCGCCGUCUACCCUGAGACGACUCCACUGGAGAAGCCCUCGGCACACACACACCAUACACACAUACAAAAACAUAACUUACAGUAGUUACUCACAACAAAUCGGUUGUUGAUUUAUUUUAUUUUUAAAUGUUUGUUUUAAGUCAUUGCCAUAUAAUUUAUGUCUAAAGGAAUUCAGGGGUUCCAUUCGCUGUGACCUCAGACUCUGGUCGUAGGGGGUAAAACCAACCACUUCCAUUCGCUGUGACCUCAGACUCUGGUCGUAGGGGGUAAAACCAACCACUUCCAUUCGCUGUGACUGCAGACUCUGGUCGUAGGGGGUAAAACCAACCACUUCCAUUCGCAAUUCUAUUAGGAAGCUUUGGGAUGUAUCCCGUCAUUCAGCCUCCCUGUCCCAUAGACUACAGUAUAUAGAGUCCCAUAGACUACAGUAUAUAGAGCCCAGCAUAGUCUCAUCAUUCAGCCUCCCUGUCCCAUAGACUACAGUAUAUAGAGUCCCAUAGACUACAGUAUAUAGAGUCCCAUAGACUACAGUAUAUAGAGCCCAGCAUAGUCUCAUCAUUCAGCCUCCCUGUCCCAUAGACUACAGUAUAUAGAGUCCCAUAGACUACAGUAUAUAGAGCCCAGCAUAGUCUCAUCACUCAGCCUCCCUGUCCCAUAGACUACAGUAUAUAGAGUCCCAUAGACUACAGUAUAUAGAGUCCCAUAGACUACAGUAUAUAGAGCCCAGCAUAGUCUCAUCAUUCAGCCUCCCUGUCCCAUAGACUACAGUAUAUAGAGUCCCAUAGACUACAGUAUAUAGAGCCCAGCAUAGUCUCAUCACUCAGCCUCCCUGUCCCAUAGACUACAGUAUAUAGAGUCCCAUCAUUCAGCCUUCCUGUCCCAUAGACUACAGUAUAUAGAGUCCCAUAGACUACAGUAUAUAGAGUCCCAUCAUUCAGCCUCCCUGUCCCAUAGACUACAGUAUAUAGAUUCCCAUAGACUACAGUAUAAAGAGCCCAGCAUAGUCCCAUCAUUCAGCCUCCCUGUCCCAUAGACUACAGUAUAAAGAGCCCAGCAUAGUCCCAUCAUUCAGCCUCCCUGUCCCAUAGACUACAGUAUAUAGAGCCCAGCAUAGUCUCAUCAUUCAGCCUCCCUGUCCCAUAGACUACAGUAUAAAGAGCCCAGCAUAGUCCCAUCAUUCAGCUACCCUGUCCCAUAGACUACAGUAUAUAGAGCCCAGCAUAGUCUCAUCAUUCAGCCUCCCUGUCCCAUAGACUACAGUAUAAAGAGCCCAGCAUAGUCCCAUCAUUCAGCCUCCCUGUCCCAUAGACUACAGUAUAUAGAGCCCAGCAUAGUCCCAUCAUUCAGCCUCCCUGUCCCAUAGACUACAGUAUAUAGAGCCCAGCAUAGUCUCAUCAUUCAGCCUCCCUGUCCCAUAGACUACAGUAUAAAGAGCCCAGCAUAGGGUCCCAUCACUCAUCUACCCUGUCCCAUAGACUACAGUAUAAAGAGUGCAGCAUAGUCUCAUCAUUCAGCCUCCCUGUCCCAUAGACUACAGUA